CACACUUUAAACCUACGUAUACGACGCACAUCAUGGACACCAUAAUACCGCAUAGACGAAGCGAGUCUCUGCAGCGUCAGACCAAACGCGCGGGAACAGACACGAGCAGAGGACUGGAUCUGGAGAGAACUGCAUCCACCGUGACAAUGAAUGACAAAGACCUGCUCCGGGGUCUUAACGGCCGUCUCGCGGGUUUCAUAGACAAGGUGCACCAGCUCGAACAGCACAACCAACUACUGGAGAGGGAGAUAAAGGACAUCCGGGGGAGAGCGCAGUCCGUGCUGUCUUUGGAGGAGCAGUACGGGCCGGAGCUGAGGCGGCUCAGGCAGCUGGUCCGGGACAUAACUCAACAAAAGCAUCAAAUUGAAAUUGAGCACUGCAAUUUGGAGGAGGAGCUUUGCAAUUUAAGAAAACGCCACGAGAAGGAGGCGAGGAGCAGGUCGGACGCUGAGCGCAGUAUCACGGUCAUAAAGAGGGACAUAGAUGACGCAUACAAAGCCAAACUGCAACUGGACAAGAAAGCAAAGGCUCUAGUGGAGGAACUGCACUGUCUCAAAAAGAGCCACGGGGCGGAAGUGUCUGACAUGCUUGAAGCCAUACAAAACACGGAAGAAAAGUAUAGAGCGCGCGAAUUUGGGAGUCCCGGCGUUACUGCGGCACUCAGAGACAUCAGGACGCAACUGGAGAGCCACGUGGGCCGUGACGCACAGCAGGUAGAGGAAACAUUCACGUCCCAGCUCGCCAAGUUGACAGAGGCGGCUGAGAUUAAGAGGGAAUGUCUGAGGGCGAGUCAGCAUGAGAUAAACGAUUACAGGAGGCAACUACAAGCCAAGGAUGUGGAGCUGGAGAGCGCCAAAGGCACCAGGGAGGCGCUGGAAAAGCAACUCCGUGAAGCAGAGGAUCGCCACAAGCACGACCUCCUGCAGUACCAGGACACCAUCAAACGACUUGAAAACGAGCUCAUAAACUGUAAAUUUGACAUGUCUGGUUACCUGAGGGAAUACCAAGACCUGCUCAAUGUGAAGAUGGCUCUGGAUGUGGAGAUAUUGUCCUACAGAAAACUUCUGUGUGGUGAGGAAGCACGUCUCUCCUCUGUGACGGAGAGCCCAGUGUCUCUGCCCUACAUCUACCACCAGUCUCCGGUCUACACCCUGCCCUCCGUCAACAGACCAGGAGGCCUGCACCGCCGCCCCGAGCCCCAGUACAAGUUUGUGGAGGAGAUCAUCACUGAGACCACGCGGGAAAUCAUCCUGUCUGAAUUCGAAGACCCCGAAGAGACAUUGGUGAUGCCGAGACAACUGUGUAGCAAAAGAGGGAGUCAAGAAGAAAGUCACCAUAGUAAAAACAGUGGACAGGAAGAUACUGAGCAGGAGCGUGACAGUCAGCAGGAUAACAUAGAAUCACAAGGAGGUGAAGGGGAGGAGGGCUCUAAGGGAGCUGUGGAGAAUGAGCAAGAAAAUAUCGAUGAAAAGGUUACAGGGGGAACAGAAAAAGAGCAGAAUUUAAAAGAAGUCAGCGCACAACUAAAACAUGAUUUGAAGGACAAAGGAAAUGUCUCAGAUGAAAGUAACACGUCUUCAGAUCAGGUAAGGUAAGAUAUAGUUUGUUUAGAGAGAGUGGUCUAUUGGGAGCAAUAGGAGCUAGAGUGAAACCAAGAAUUAUGCAUUUGUUGGUUGCUGGAUCUCAAACUGAACAUAAAAUAAUGCAACAUUCUUCUUGAACACUAGAUGGCAAAUAAUAAUACAUUGUUGCAAAAGCACAAGCUCAGGGCAGUGGACACUGUGAAAAGCAAUAUAAUGCCUGAAUAAGUAAUCAUUUACCAUCAGCUUAAAAAUAUGAAAUGCAUAAUUGUAUGUAAAUAAAAAAACAGGAAGUGUGCAUGUUUUAAAGAUUGUGUAGCAAAGCCUGCUGAUAAAUUAAUAAAAAACAAUUGAAGAAUAAGGUUGUCUUUGAAAUUGAUACACCCACUACAAGGAAUUCUGUCAUAUGAAAUUCCAGUAAAAAUAAGUAAAAAUCUAAAAUCAUAUACAAAUUAUUUAUUCAGAUGCUUCCAUAAGGUUUGUUGGACAUGUUGUUAUUCCAUUCCAAACACUGGUUGCUAUUGGUCAAGAUUCAAUAGAAUAUUAAUGAAAAACAUGUUUUGUACUUAUAUCUGUAGUCAUCAUGGCACACACAUGUGGGCAAAAAUGCCUCAGCAAAUCUUUGAAUCUGUCAUAUGCGUUAUGCUUAAAGCAUACUUUUUAACACCAGGCAGACAUACAAGUUAAGCAUUUUUAAAUACAAGAUUGUAGGUCCAUAAAGACAUAUUAAUAAAAAGACAGUGAUUCAAAUAACAAGACAGAAGACAUAAUGGGACAGUUUGUAGACAAGACAAAAGACC